CGAGCAGCCCGGGGAGAGCCAGAGGCACUUCCGGCAUCUGAAGGGCUGUGUGGUCUUCGGGCAGGCGGUGAGCGAGUGAAGGCUGUGUCCCACAGAUUCUGGCAUCAUGAACGUUUUUGAUCGGAAGAUCAACUUUGAUGCCCUCUUUAAAUUCUCCCACAUAACCUCCUCAACACAGCAGCACCUGAAGAAGGUCUAUGCCAGUUUUGCCCUCUGUAUGUUUGUAGCAGCUGCAGGGGCCUAUGUCCAUGUGGUCUCUCAUUUCAUUCAGGCUGGCCUGCUCUCUGCCUUGGGAUCCCUGGGAUUGAUGAUUUGGUUAAUGGCAACACCUCAUAGCCAUGAAACUGAGCAGAAAAGGCUGGGUCUUCUUGCUGGAUUCGCAUUCCUUACAGGAAUCGGCCUAGGCCCUGCUCUGGAGUUGUGCAUCGCCAUCAACCCUAGUAUCCUUCCUACAGCCUUCAUGGGCACAGCGAUGAUCUUCACCUGCUUCACCCUGAGUGCACUCUAUGCUAGGCGCCGGACCUAUCUUUUUCUUGGGGGUAUCUUGAUGUCAGCCAUGAGUCUGAUGCUCUUGUCUUCCCUGGGCAAUCUUUUCUUUGGAUCUAUUUGGCUUUUCCAGGCAAAUCUCUAUAUGGGGCUGCUGGUUAUGUGUGGCUUUGUCCUUUUUGAUACUCAACUUAUCAUUGAGAAGGCUGAAAAUGGAGAUAAAGAUUAUAUCUGGCACUGUGUUGACCUCUUCUUAGAUUUUGUCACUCUCUUCAGAAAACUUAUGAUGAUCCUGGCUAUGAAUGAGAAGGAUAAGAAGAAAGAGAAGAAAUGACGUGACCAUCUAGCCUUUCCCAAUUGACUUCUCUCUCCACCCCUCAUUUCCUCUUACACACAUUACAAGUGGUGUGUCCUAUGAUAAUGAAAGCAUCAGAAAAGCUUUUGUACUUUGUGGUUUUCUGUAUUUUGAAUUUUUUGAUCAAAAAAUCUGAUUAGCAGAAUAUAGUUUGGAGUUUGGCUUCAUAUUCCCGGGGUUCUUCCCUAUUCCCUUUUCUGCCAAUCCCACCCUUGCCUUUGUCCUCUGCUCUGGCAGCCAGACACCAUGAUAGGAGUGAGGUGAAGAGGCAGCAAAUGCCAAAUGUCCGCUUUCCGACUGCGCUUCAUUGAGUGGACUGAACUGUUAGAGUCACAUAGCCAGUCCUUCACUUUUGUUGGUUUGUACACAGCUCCUGUGCAACUAAGCAAUAUGUUUUCCAUUGAAAAGAAAUUUGCUGGUCCUGUUGUUACUCAGGCUCAUUAAAGCUGAACAUCUCUCAACCCCUCCAAGGAAACUGAAGAGCAUUUUUGGUGAAAAUUUUGGCCUCCCAACUUGCGAUUGGUCUGGCAAAUACUAUUUUCUUGUCAUCAUGAAAGGAAUGUGGAUGUGUGGGGUUCCCUUCACAUUCCUUAUCUGAAUAUUGGGGAGCCUGCUUGUUCUCCCCCCACAGGGCAGGAGGACCUCAGCACAAAAGGAAGACUUGGCAGGCAUUGGUGAAAGGCUGAUUAUGGCGUAGCGGAGAAUCUCAGCUUACUCUGGGUCUUUGUUAUUUUUUUUGUUGAUUAUUCUGUGACCUCCACCAGGUAGCUGUGUUUAAAGGUUUCAGGAGAGAGAGAACGGGAGGAAUGAUCAUGGACUCAUCUACGUGGACAAGCCUAGAUUAAGAUCUGCCUGGGCAGAGAAGCAAAAUCUCUUAGUCGUUCUUUGUUGAGAUCAAGAUCAUUUAUAAUAGUCUUUUGGUAGGUUUGUCAUAUCCUACCGGACACUUAAAAGACAGGGUCAGAUUAGAGUUUUGGGCCGUAGACAAAUGUUCAUUUUACUCAAACUAGAGCUUUGGAACAGUAGGUAAUUUUACACAUGCACUUUAGUUUUGGUCUAAUAACCUGUUUCCAGAAAUCAACGUCUGGAUGGGACACAGGUGGUAAAAGUUGCAAAAUAUCUGAUUAUCUUCUAUGUGAUGGUUAAACUUGUGGGAGGGCAGCACUGUAACACAGGUCACAUGCCUCUUCUGUGGGCUGCACAGGCAGAGGAGCAACAACAGGAUUGGUAGCAGUGUAAUUCUGGCUACUUGCAGGAUUCCAUGGAAGGGACUCUGAACCAUUCAAAGCUCAUUGUCAGGUAUUUGCCUUUCAUGUGGUCAAACUGGGUUCACUCCCAGGCAUCCAGUGAUCCAUAAAGCACCACCAGGAGUGAUCUGAGCAUUGCUGCUUGUGGCCCAAAAAGCAAAAAGAACAAAAGCUUAUUGCCAGUAGGAUAACAUUUUUGACUCCCUGUUCCCACUAGCUAAUCAAUAAUGGCUCACGCUUGGUCACUGUAUGUUGCCUGAAACAAUGUCCUGCCUAUGAACUGCUGCUGGAAGGGCCUGCCCCCAGAAGGCUCACUCACACUGGAUGCUACUCUCUUGACUUAGCUGCUGCCUCCAGCUUCUGACCUGGGAACUUCCUGAAGGGAUGUCCCAUUCAACCCCCACUAAUCUACUCCAUAAAUUUACUUCUCUGCUAGGUCUGAGAAUCUUAAGUAACAUCUUUUGAAGCCAAACUCCACCUCUUGUGCUUUUUCGCUUGGGAUAAAGAAGUCUUUCUUUAGAAACAGUGCCAAGAAUGACAAGAUAUUAAAAAAAUACUACUUUUAAAGAAAAUGUCUAAAAGGUUUUUAAUACAGUAAUCACUGUAAUUGUCACUUUCUUUUCUAGUUCUUGGUUGUCAGCCCAGGCUGCAUUUUUCUCAUACUGUGAAGACAAAGAUGUUUUUGAUUCAGAAAUAUAUGAAAUCUACAUAGUCUUUAAUUUGUAAAAAAUAAAAUUCCUUAACCUUU